GAUAACACAAAUUAAUCAGGAGCCGAGAAUAAUUGAGGCAAUAUAAAGUGCGAUUCGCGCGAGCCGCCCGAAAUCGAUGGCCAUGGAGCCAACUGUGUUUGUCAUCGCUCUGAUCGUGAUUGGAAAUAUAAAAAAUUGUGUGUCAGUGGAGAAUAAUACCACACGAGAGAAAAAUCCUAUAGAAAAUUUCAAUGAAAUGAUAGAACAACUAAUUGCAAGAACUGAGAGAAAUCAUACACCAGCUCCAACCGAAGAAACAAUCAUGAACCAAAAUCAGAAACCAAAGAAUGCACAAAAACCAUCAACUGAAAAACAAAUGUGGCAGGUGUUAACCACAAGAGCAGUUCCAAAUGCGGACAGUGCAGAUGCAAGUGUAAAAUCUACUGAACAUGAUUUAAAUAAUAAAAACUCUAAAAUCAUUUACGUAAACAAUUUUCCUUUGAACAAGUCUUUAGAACAAGCCAAAGAUGGCAAAAUAGAUAGUGAAAAUAAAACGCCACUUCCUUUUUUUGGCCAUGACGACAAUAAUAUACCUGAUAGUACAAAUUUAAAACCAAGCUUUAACAAUAACGGAAAUAUGUAUGAAAGAACUGAGCCACAAUAUAAUUUGGAAUCAUUAGAAGAUAGUAAUAAACUACCGUGGUUUAAUUAUAAAGAAAGAUUUGAAGAUCUGCCACCUAGACGUAGUUUAAGUGCCAAUGUACCUCCUAACCAUAACCCGACGGAUCAUGGUUUAGGGGUUGUUGUUAAGGAGGAAAUAGUUUUUGAAAUUGAAGACGAAAAACCACCUGAAUCUUCAAAUCCUCCAGUAAAGAUUCGUAUGCACACUACAACGCCAAAACCAAAGCCAUCGACUAAGCCCAAAAUCAAAGGGAAAAAUAUGACUAUUACAUAUCUUCCGUUUUUUUCAGGUUUAAGAAAUGUCUCGGGUAAUAUCACAGAUAAAUCGAAAAUUAACGGAUUCACUCAUAUGAAAACCCAGACAUCUAAAGGCAGGCCUCCAAUUGCAGGUGCAAUUCUAAACAAAAAUCAAUUUAAUAUUCCACCACAACUGCUAAGGCAUGCCGAGGAUAAUUUAAAACUGCAGACAGAAUUUAAGAAAUUGAAUGAUAAAAUUAAUAAACUUCAAGAGAUCCUGAAUAAAACUCUUGGUAAGAAGGAUGAACCCACGUCUCGUAAUUUACAAGUAUCAAAUAAAGACCCCAAAUUGCCUGAGCUGCAUGACAAACCGCACACUGAGGCUGAUGUUUUAAGAACUGGUGGUUCUGAUGUAGGCCAUCUAAAUUUAGCAAAAACUUUUACAAAUCCAAGUGCCAUAUCAGUAAGUCACAAUACUACACCACUUAUUUUAAAUUCAAAACAAGGAAUGGUGGAAAACGAAAUAUUGAGGAAAAAAAUCACACCGCCCUUACCACCGAUUUUACUGAAUGAAGCUCCGUUAAUAGAACCAAAGAUGUUGCAAAGACGUUUGCUGCUACUUAAAUUGGCAAAUAUUGCAAAAUUGAAUCGACAUGUGCAUAUGUUAAGCAAAGUGAGAAAAAAAACCAAAUAUAUCUAUCCCGUGCCUGUCUAUCGUCGGCGAGUAAUUCUAAAACCGCUUGCGAGAAUUCUGUAA